UUCUGGCGAGGUCAAAAUCAUAAUCCAAACCCUAAUCUGUCUAUUGUUGAACCAGAAAUGGCGUCUGUGAUUUCUGAUUGUUGAUUUUGCUGCGUUUGCUAAGGUUAAGGGGAGAAAAGUUUCGUAGAGGGUGAUGGUGUCUAUGGCUUCAUGAUUUGUAAGUAGUUUGAUUUGGGUUUUAUCAUAGGAUGAUAGUAAUUUGAACUGGUUGCGACUUCAUGAUCUUGUACCCUUGGGAUUUGAGUUUUGCCGCAAUAUAUUGAUAUAGAAUUAGAAGGGGUGCUUAUUAUCUGAAAGGGAAACUGCUAAUCUACCGAAGGGUAUGUUAGCGAACUCCAUUUCAGUGGUUUCCAAUUUAAAUUGAAGCAAAAUAAUCAAGAUUUUUACUGUAUGAUCCUGAGUCCAAUCCCUAAUAUCGAAGUUGUUCUCAAACGCCCCUAAUUGGGUGAAAUUGGUGCUUCAUCUAUUAAGGUUUUGAAAUUCUGUUGUUAUUUGAUAUGCUUGACCGCUGAGGGCUGUCGAUAGGAGUCACUUUGAAGGGCAGUGACAUUUUUCCUUAUUUCACCAAUGGCUGAAGACAGCCAACGCAUAAAUCGUCUUGCUUCCGGGUUGGCUGUAAUAUUGGACGGUGAGGAUAGGAAGGAGAGUAGUCAGAGGAAUCGUCUUAUCUCAUAUUCUGAUGAUUUUGGUGAACAGUCACUUGAGCGAACUCUUGAAUAUGUAUUUGACCUCCCAUCCAAAACCAUUAAUCUGCUGACUUCUCAAGUUGAUGCUAAUGUAAUUUGUUCUAUUAUAAAGAACGAAUACCUGAUGCAUCAUAGAAUCUUGCAGAAUAUAGAUCCCUGUAGAGAAGGAGUAUCUGCCGUUGCUGAUGGUUCCGGACCCUACACCGUUAAAAUCGAGGAAUCAAGUGUAUGUGGUGAAUUCCAAGUUAUAAAACCACCUUUGCUGGUUGAGAGCCAUGCAGUCUUCAGCAGCGUGCGAGCAAGCGCAUGUGUAUGGAAAGGAAAAUGGAUGUAUGAAGUAGCUCUUGAAACUGCUGGGUUACAGCAGCUAGGAUGGGCAACUAUUUCUUGCCCUUUCACCGAACACACAGGUGUAGGCGAUGCUGAUGAUUCUUAUGCAUUUGAUGGGAAAAGGGUUAUUAAAUGGAACCUGAAUGCUGAGCCUUAUGGCCAGUCGUGGGUCAUUGGUGAUGUUAUUGGAUGCUGCAUAGAUUUCGAAAGUGAUGAAAUAUCAUAUUAUAGAAAUGGUGUUUCCCUUGGUGUGGCAUUUAAUGGUAUACGGAAAAUGGUCCCUGGGCUAGGGUAUUAUCCUGCGAUUUCUCUUUCUCAAGGUGAACGAUGCGAUUUAAAUUUUGGGGGUCGCCCUUUUAGAUAUCCUGUUCAAGGAUUCCAACCAAUCCAAGCUCCGCCAUCAACAAACCAGUUAGCUAUACAUUUACUUCAUUGUUUUUCGAAGUUGUUGAAUAUGUGGCGGGGGGAGAGGACCAGUCAUAAUUGUAUGGAGAAGUUGAGAAGGUUAAAGAGGUAUUUGCCUGUUGAGGAGCUAUAUAGUCCUGUUUCUCGUGGAAUAUGCAUGGAGUUAUUCUCAGCCCUUGAUGCAAAUGCAGAGAGUGUAGAAUAUAUAUGUUGGGGUCCUCUUUUGUCUUUCCUCAUGGAUGUUUUCCGCGAUCAAGCACCUCAUGACUAUGAAAGCUUGGAUAGAGUACUUGAUAUCUUACUUGAUUUCCCAGGGUCGAACUUGAUGUUUGAACACCUGCUUUUUGCCCUUUCAUACCGUUGCAAGACUGCAUGUAUUGUUUUAAGAGAAUGUCCAUAUUCAGGUUCAUAUCCAUAUCUUGCAUUGGUGUGCCACAUGCUAAGACGUGAAGUUUUGAUGGUUGUUUGGUGGAAGAUGUCAGAUUUUGAGUUCCUGUUUGAAGGAUUUCUAUCCCAGAUAAGUCCCAACAAACAAGAUCUUCAGUAUAUGAUACCUGCUGUAUGGUGGCCUGGUUCGUGUGAAGAUAUCUCUUAUGAAAAUAGCAUGAUGCUGACCACUAGAACUUUAAGCGAAGCAAUUGAUAAGAUCGAGGAGAAACAUAGGGACCUUUGUUGCCUGGUCAUGCAGUUCAUUCCACCUGUAACACCUCCUCAGUUGCCCGGCUCCAUUUUCAGAACAUUUUUACAGAAUAUUAUUUUGAGAAACAGGGGAGCGGAUCGCAAUAUACCACCUCCUGGUGUAUCAAGCAAUUCAGUUCUUGUUUCGUUGUUCACAGUUAUACUUCAUUUUUUAUCGGAAGGAUUUGCGACGAGGGGCUGUGGCUGGAUGAUGGGUUCUGGAACUAGUGGCGGGACCAAUAUUGGGUUUCUUCACAGAGGUGGCCAACAAAGUUUCCCCCUUCCACUUAUUCUUAAAAAUGAUCCUCAUCGAGUUGAGAUCCCGAGACUUGGUGGGUCAUACAGUCAUCUAGCAAAUUUUCAUCCUGUAAAUGUGGACCCCGAAGCAGAAGUAGUUCGGUGGGAAGAAGGAUGUACAGAUGAUGAAGGUACUACAAUUACACAUGGAGGUAGUCAGAAGCCGUGUUGUUGCUUAAGUUUGGAUGCCAACUUUUCACGAAUUUCUAAGAAUCCUUUUAGAUACACAACUAAAGCUUCUCAGAGCCACUGCAGCUCUAUUCCAGAGAGAACUGCUCAGGUGGCUGCAGAGUGCAGUGCUGGAAAUUUGAAUGAUGAAAUGGCAGACAAGCCUAGCACAAGUGACCAGUCUGAUUCCGAGUUCGGUUAUCGUUCAGUGCAGCAAAUGAGGGUUGUAGCACUAGAGAGCUCUCUAUCUUCCUCAACAUUAGUAGAAGAGGAACUUCUGGAUGCCAUGCUUCUGUUGUACCAUUUGGGCCUUGCACCAAACUUUAAGCAGGCGUCAGCAUACAUGUCUCAUCAGUCACAUUCAAUGUCCCAGUUGGAAGAAACCGAUAGACAAAUGAGAGACCGAAGCAGUGGUGAACAACUAAGGCGCUUGAAGGAGGCUCGGGGUGUUUACCGUGAAGAGGUUAUAGAUUGUGUGCGCCAUUGUGCUUGGUACCGUAUCACUCUUUUUGCCAGAUGGAAACAAAGGGGAAUGUAUGCUGCAUGUAUAUGGAUUGUCCAAUUGCUUCUGGCUCUUAGCAAAAUGGAUCUGGUUUUCUGCUAUAUUCCUGAAUUUUAUUUGGAAACUCUGGUUGAUUGUUUCCAUGUGUUGCGGAAGAGCGAUCCCCCAUUUGUCCCUGCAGGAAUGUUUAUAAAACAAGGACUUGCUUCAUUUGUUACUUUUGUUGUUACCCACUUUGGUGACCCAAGAAUAUCGAGUGCAGAACUAAGAGAUCUACUUCUGCAGUCAAUUUCUGUAUUGGUUCAGUAUAAGGAGUUUCUGGCUGCUUUUGAAAGCAACCAAGCUGCAACUCGUAGCCUGCCAACAGCACUAUUGUCAGCAUUUGAUAACAGAUCAUGGAUUCCUGUAACGAAUAUACUUAUCCGGUUAUGCAAGGGAUGCGGAUUUGGAUUUUUAAAGCAUGGAGAGUCUUCAUCGACUUCUAGUGUGUUUCAGAAAUUAUUACGCGAGGCUUGUCUCAAUGAUGAAGAAUUAUUUUCGGCAUUCCUCAAUCGUCUUUUUAAUACUCUCAGCUGGGCAAUGACAGAAUUCUCAGUUUCCAUUCGAGAAAUGCAAGAAAAAUGUCAGAUGAUAGAAUUUCAACAGAGGAAAUGCAGUGUUAUAUUUGACCUCUCAAGCAAUCUAGCGAGGGUGCUAGAGUUUUGUACAUGCGAGAUUCCUCAGGCUUUUCUGUCGGGGGCAGAUACAAACUUGCGUAGAUUGGUAGAGUUGGUUGUCUUUGUUCUGAACCAUUUGACUUCAGUUGCUGAUCCUGAGUUCUUUGAAUUGACACUUAGAAGACCUGGUCAGACUCCUGAGAAGGUCAACAGAGGAAUGAUUUUGGCGCCUUUAGUUGGUAUCAUCUUGAAUUUGUUGGAUGCUAGUGUUGUGACAGACAGUAGAGAGCAGAACGAUAUUGUGGGGAUUUUUACAAGCAUGGACUGUUCUGAUACUCUUAUCUCCGGAUUCCAGUACCUCUUAAAGUUCAAUUGGGCUGCAACCUUCAAGGGGGAUGUUCAUCUCACAAAACUCAGGCAACUAGAGGAUUUUUCUAGCCAUCUUAUCUCCCGAACGGUCAAAAGGGUGAGCUACGAAGGAGAAACAGAAAGCAACGACGAUAUGUGCUGCAUUUGCUACACUAGUGAAGCAGAUGCCAAGUUCUUACCAUGCACACAUGUUUCCUGUUUUGGCUGCAUAAACCGGCAUCUCAUCAAUUGUGAAAGGUGCUUCUUUUGCAAUGCAACGGUACUUGAAGUCAUUCAGAAUGAUGCGAAAACUUGUGAAAUAUAAGUGCACUUUCGCUUCUUUCAUUAAGGUUCCUUAUGGUUGUCUUCUUUUUGAAGGGAACAGCUUCAUGAAUUCAACUCUGGUAAGGACACACUGAAUCAAAUUUAGUUUGUAUCUUUAGAAAUAUAUGGGCAAAGAGAAAUGCACAAACUUAAAGAGUAGUUAUUCAUAGAAUAUAUUAGUGGUAUAAGCGUUAUUUUGCUAAAACUUAAAACGUGUUGGCUGGGUAUUAGGAUGCUUAUGAAUUUUGUAGGGGGGCUGAGGGCGAUUAGUUCUGUAAAUUUGCAAUGUCAAUGAAAGGUAAAUCUUCUCUCUUUAUGGACA